AUGCAACCAUCCCGCCAACAGACAUCGGGCGAGAUGCCGUCCUUCUUCACAUCCGCGGUUCCUUCUUAUUCCGCCCGUUCUCGCUCCUUACCGAUCCAAGGCAAUGGAACAGGACGGCGAGGAUCUGCAUUGGCAAGCGCCAUGGGUCUGCGGAGAAAGAGUGAGCUGGACAUUGUGUUUGAUGGCGGCACGGAAUUUGUCCAUUCAUAUUCCACCUACGACGAGAUCAAGGGCCAUGUCGAUGUCAAGUUCGACAAAGAUACCGCCUUCGACGACCUCAUCAUCACAUUCGAGGGCCGAACGUCCACGUAUGUGGAGAAGAUAUCCACCGCCGCCCCUACCACCGGCCGCACGACGGGAAGGCAGACCUUUCUGAAAGUUCAGCAGCCCAUCCACGAAGACGAUCUGCCAGCCGACGGCGUCUUCCGCGCGAACGCUGCUUACAGCAUUCCCUUCACCUUCGUGGUUCCCGACCGGUUGCUGCCCUUGGUUUGUACUCACAAGGUUGAUAAUGAAACCCUCAGGACAGAACAUACACAACUGCCUCCCAGCUUGGGAGACCCUCAUGUUGCAGGAGAAGGCCACGCGCUCAUGGAUGAUUUGGCGCCCGAUAUGGCCAAGAUCAGCUACUGUGUUCGAGCUCGAGUUGUCAAAUGGAGUGCUGUCGGCCGACCGCUCGAGCUGGCUGAUAAGGCUGAGCGCGUGAGACUGGUGCCGGCACGAGCAGAAGCACCGCCCUUGAGCAUUAGAGAAACACCCUUCUCCGAUCACGUCAUGCGCAAAGAGAAGAGCAUGAGAAAAGGUCUCUUCAAGCUUGGUAAAACCGGGCGUCUGACAGCUGAGACCAGCCAGCCCAGGAGUCUGCGUCUGCCGCAUCCACAAAAGCGACAGACCGGUCCGAUUUCCACCAUGGCCACGGUGAACUUGCGCUUCGAUCCGCAAACCCCUGAGGAUGAGCCACCGCAGCUCGACUCGAUCACGACCAAGUUGAAAGCCUACACCUUCUUCGCUGCCACUGCCUACGGCCACAUGCCCGCGUCCGGGAAACACGACAACUGGUCCACCCUACAUGGUGUGUACCCCGAACAGGUCUCCCUUGCAUCGCGCCGUGUCUCGGCUGUGUCAUGGCUCCGCCACGAUCCCUCGGAGCGGGAGAUGAGUUUCUCAUCCUCGGAACUUUCCCGCCGUCCCUCGUCUUAUUCGACCUCUUCUACCUCUUCGAUCCCUGAACCGUCGGGUUUCUACCAAGAAGGCUCGCCCUUCUACACCGCAAGUGUGAUUGUCCCCGUUGCUCUGCCCACUGCUUCCGCCAGCAAUCGACCCAAAGUUUUUGUACCGACGUUUCAUUCUUGUAUCGUGUCAAGAACCUAUGCCCUCGAUCUGAACAUCUCCUUCCGCACGCCCGGCUCCAAUGUGUCAAGCAGUAAUCUCACUCUCAAAACACCAAUCCAGAUCUCCGCCGAGGGAGGCGUGCCCCCUGCCCAUCUGAACGAAUCCGCCGCAGCCAUUGUUGCAGAGAUCGAAUCACAAUUUGGACUAUAUGAAGCAGGACAACUUGGUCAUCACGACCUAGGGGUUGAAAGCCCCGUGUACGAAGAGACCAGCUCUAAUCCAGCUCUGGCUGGCACGAGACAUAUGAGCCUUGCAGACCACCUCCACACCCCGCCCGCGGCGGCCAGUCUACCUCUGCAUUAUUCCGGUAUCAAUGCCACCGCACCGCCGGACUACCACCACAUAUCUGGAUUUGGCGCAUAUGGCGCAAGGGACCCGCCGGGCGGACCUAGAACUCAAAGCGUGAGUCUUAGCCUUUUUGCCUGA